AGUCGUCUAUACGUGGAAGCGUAUUUCAGAGCCCCCCUGAUUUUUUUUUUCCAGCACAGGUCGUGGUGGUGUACCAAAAUAUCUCUGAACGCAUUAAGACCCACGGACUCACCUCUCCCUCAUCAUUAGAGAUAGCGAUAGCAAUAGGAAUAUGAUAAAACUCAACUUGUUAGUUGUUACCAAGUAGCCGCCCCGCUAUUUAGUCGUUCAUUUUUGGAAGGUCAAGUUUUGAAUUUCUGCGACAUAGCUCUUUGCCCUUUAACUUCCGUGCCUUUUUCUUUGUUGUACCCAUGACCCCCUCUAGUGUGCCUCUGGUGCUUAGACAUAUAACCGAUUGCAACAGUUUUGUCCCCCCUACAACAUCAUCUCUCUCGUGCUGUGAAUCAACACCGGUAUCCUCUUCGAAAGAAUUGGUGAAAACCUGCUUAUGCAGCCUGGUCGGCGCAGCAACGAAUGAAUCGAGAUUGGACGACUUCAUCAGCCGCUGCUCCCCCUCUGGAGUCGUCUCAGGGACGAAGUGAGCACACAGCACCGGCUAGUACUUCUCCGACGAGACGCCCUACUACUGCCGGCACUUUGUUCUCUCCGAGACUGAAGCAGCGGAAACGCAGCAAAGAAGAGAUUAUGGAGCAAGCUGUUCGAUGGAAUGAGCAGAUGCAGAAUGACGAUAACAUUAACACAGAAAGCACAAGCAGAAUCGGGACGCUAAGUACUGCUUUGCCUCCUCCUUCCUGGCGAAGUGAGGAAAAUGCGAUAGAUGUUCAGCCAGACAGCGACGUCGAGGACGAUCCAUCGCCGACUGGCAUGAUGCUGAAGCGUCGAAAGCACGGCGACCCGCAGCUCCUAGCCGUGUCGCCUGCCGCGACAGUGGGACCUAGUACAACACCCACCUCGUCAACGGCCCCUUCGCCGACUUCCGACGGAGGACCACACUGGUUCACACUGUCGCCCACCUCGCAUACAGCUACGCCAGAUGACAAUGUAGACGAAGGAGACCACAUGGUUGAUGAUGUAGCAUGCGCUACUAGCAACGUCAUGCAAGCCGCAGAAGUUGACCUCCAGGGAGCGGCUACCGUGAGAACAAAGGUUCAUCUCCCAGUAGCGCACGACGGUCAUCAGAGCCGAACAAUCAAGAUUCGCAGUGAAGGCAGCUCCAUUUAUCCUCCUGUUCAUACAACAGCAUGUUCUUCUUCUUCUUCACACGAUGUCGAUGCACUGGCACAGUGCACGUCAGGAACGGGAGACAAUAUCUCGGAUGUGGCGAGUGUCGCCAGUGAACCAAUGGUGAUUGGUCUCGAUCUGGAUUUGGCGCUCGGUGCAUCUACUUUGCCCUCGCCGAACAAAGCGCCCGUGCUCGACACCAGAGAAACCUUAGUUGCAGCCCUCGCGAGGCGCGGAAUUCUGCCGACAGCUGACUUCACCAAUAUUGAUGUUGUUGAACCGGGCAAAAUAAUAGCUGCAACGGCAACAAGCAGUAGGAAGAACGCCGCACCAACAUCUCCGUUGCUUGUGGAAGACCAUCAAGACCUGCAAGAUUUGGGCGAUCGUAUUAUGGAGACAGUAGAGAGCAGUACCACACUAACCUCCACAACUCAUCAUGAUGCAACGCUUUCACCAACUGGGACAACAACCCUCCACAAGGUCGUGCAAGAGAGGGGCGCAAGCAGAGAGCUUGAGCAGGACCUAUGCUGUAUCUGCUUGGAUUCAGAACCUGAUCCCGCGCACUGCUUGCCGUGUGGUCAUUCGAAUAUGUGCGCCGAUUGCGCGACACAACUGGUCUCGAAGGUGUAUGCCCGUUGUCCGUACUGUCGGAUGCCCUUUCGGAAGCGUACAGAACAGGAAAUCGAGACCUACGACAAGAAUCUUGUGCAGAACGGGGAUCAUCAUGCGAACAACGCGAUCAGUCUCUCCGUAUCCAAUCAUGUUCCCCACGACGGCUACGAACUCAUGACCGAUAAUCAUCAUCGAGAUCAAAGCAAACUUUCCACGGCGACCACGGACGACUCAGGACCUGACAGCCCCGUUGUGAGCGCGACUCCGUCCAAGAUCACAGCCCGCGCCCGGGACACGCGAGCGGAUUGGGAACUGGGCGCGCCGAAGGACGGAAAGAUGGUGUUGCAGAACCGAAACAAGAAACACGGCUCGGCGCAGCGGGGUAAGAAUUCGCGAAUGUACACGGCCAUCAGUGCGGCCGAGCUUGCUCAACUGGAUGCCAACACGUCCGCGACGGCCCUGGGCAUCCUGCGUGCCAGCGACUUGGACUUGUAUCGCGAUCUGCGGCAAACCUUUCAGCGGUACCGCGAUUUCCGGACCCAUCUGCAACAGGAAACUCUCCCCGUCGGCAGCCGCGCAACAAGCAGGGCAGCACAGUCUGGGGCAACACGCGCUCCUUCCAGCGCGGGAAGCAGCAGUUCCUCAAGUAGCACAGCUGUUGUAGUUUACGAUCCCGCAGUUGUAUCAGCAAAUAGAACUAUCUCUUCUUCUUCCUCUAGCAGUGCGGCAUCGACUGAUAAUUAUCUUCAAUACCAGAAUAACCUCCCUGCCAGUCCGCGGCUGUUUGCCGGCGCAGCAAUCGGAGAACAAAGCCGCAUAGCGGCAUUUGUGCAGGGCCUAUUCGGAAGAAGGUGCGGCUCACGGCAGUCUGUGGAGUUGCACAGUGACGUGGCCGCUGGAGCAAGGGAAGAAAUGCGGUCGGCACAGCAAUCCUUGCAUCGACGAAUGCCACCGGCAUCAUCGCUGAAUGCAACCAGAGCUGACAUCAGUCCACUUGGUGACUUCGCGAACACAGGUUUUGAUAGUAGGUCAGAGCCGCUUCUCGGCGGGGAUAGCAGCAGCAGGAAUGGUGCAGCAUAUCGUGAAAACCAGAAUGACGCGGUCAGCCUUGUAAUAGACUUAAGUGCAACUGAACAAGCAUCUAAUAAUGUGUCCUCAACGACAUCAAGAACGCGUUCACGGUCGAACACUCUAGGCACCGCACCUUCCUCUUUACCGUCGAGCAGUACCACACCCCCUGAGCUGCAGGAGUUCGAAGAAGAUGCGGAGAUGGUCGACGUCACGGAGCAUGCGACCUUAGAAGUUGUAGCAGCGCCACCGAACGAAUCAUCUACUACGGCGCCGGGAAUUUCCUCGAGCGAUGUAACCGUGCACUUAAAUGCGGACUUACGCGCGGAACUCGACCAACUGGUAGAGGAUUUGCAUUUCUCUGAGGACGUUUUGCUGGACUCCCGCCGCGUGCUUUGUCCAUGCGGAGAGACGAUGCAGCUUGUCUCCGCACGGUCUGCCUACUCGACGAGUUUAGGGUAAGUACUUACAUCGUUGAAAUUGGUCAAACAUCUGGCUUGCUUUUUGUUUCCAUUUGAUGAAGUUGAUUUUUCAGUUUGUCUUUCUUGUCCCUCUUUCUUCUCUUGACACUUUCAUCAAAUUCGGGCCCGCCUUUGGUGCUUACACUGAUUUUGACUGGCAAAAAUGCAGGUGCCCGGUGGAGUGCGAUAUGUGCAACCGUGCUGUGCGAGGGCGGACACAGCUCUAUCACUGUCCCGCGGAGCGGGUCGGCGCACACCCGUUCGGUUUCGACUUGUGUCGCAGGUGCGCUACCGGAGAAGAAACCGUUUGUCCUGAAGUAGAUCCGAUUAGUGACGGUAUGCUGAGCGGCCUCAUAGGAAACUCGGGUAACAGACUUGCGGACCAACGGGGACGAAGCGCUUCCGGUACUAGUGCGAGUAACAGUUCCGGAAGCGCCGGGGGAAACAACUUGGCAUCGUAUCUCUACCAGUACCUUGUGGCCCCAGCAAGCAACGCAUCUUCCAGCGGACAGCAGCACGGCGGUGGCUCGUCUACGGGGGCUGCAGUGGGGGAAAGUAGUAGCAGCGCCUCCUCCGGAAGCGGGACUAGAGCAGGUGCUCCAGCUGCUGCUCGAAGUGGUGCAACGACGGGGUUGGUGUGUCUACCGCACCGCCUGCCCGCGUUUCUCGAAGGGUUGCGGUGUCGCUUGUCUAGCUUUUUUCGCAACAAUCAGUUGACAGAGCAAAUACCACCUGCCUCGGCCGCCGGACUGAUAGAGCACGACGCAGCGAGCGAACUGAGUCGAAGUUCGUCCUCUGCUUCCGCUUCAGCGUCGUCCGGCGUAUCAUCGGCGGACUCCACUGUGAUGUCGAUCCCGUUUGCAACGGCAGACAGCAAUUAUACCGGCGGGGCCUUUAUUUUCCCGUCUACAACUGCUUCGCCGGAAUCCUACGGGUCUGCCGGCAACCAAGAAGUUCCCUAAUAAUAGCAAAUCUGCAGUCGUGCGAUUUUAGACACGAACAGUUUUGGAGGAGUCUUUGUGUAGUGUUUUGACAUUUUGUAACCAAUAAACCAAUCUGAACCUGGAGGCGGACCCUAGUUUUUGUCUGUUGAGUUACGUCCUACAUAUGAAUAUGAGGCUGCUGCAGGAAGAACUCCAGCUCCUUUUUUCUCGGAUUAAAACUAUGUUUGCUUCUACGCUCGGGCAAGUCAUUCAUUUUCCAGGUGACCAAGUCAUCUUUUUCUACGUUUUUUUGAUACUAGACCACGCUUAUGAUUGUGUGCCUGCCUACCAGGUCGCUCUCUUCACGUAUCGUUAGUAUCUCUAGUGUGUAAAUUGAACUCUCAAAACGCUUUCUACCCGCAAGAUUUGCGGAAGAACUUCUUAACAUGUUUCUGUUUGUUUUGUUGUUUCGACGAAGUUGAAUGUACUUCAAGAGUAU